AUGCUGGUCCAUUUAGAUACCUUGAAGUAUAUUACUGAGUCAUCCCAAAAUUUAUACGAUUUCCAGGAUAAUGAUAUCUAUAGGAUCACUCAUUGGUUGCUCAACUUGGAGUCUUUAGCCAGAGUAUUCAAAAUUGAUAACUUGAUCGACUAUACUAUUCCUUUGUUGAAAAAUGAAUACUUGGCCUGGUCAUAUUAUCAAGAAUUUGAUAGUUGGGAAACUUUCAAAUACGAUUUAAUAAAUAAAAUCUUUCCCUUUAGAGUUGAAAUCGGGGAACAAAUUUCGUACCAGGUCAACCAAAUAAAGACCUUAAUUGAAAACCACGAUAUCUCUGUUUUCAAAGUCUUUGAUCGUUUCACUACAGUCAUGAAUGAAUUAUUCAAAAUCAUUGCUCCUUUUGAAGAUUGGGCAAGUGCAAAAUAUGAAAUCUUGGGAGAAAUUGACCCUUUGCAUGAACACAUCAGAACUUUCAGAGAGGCAAAAAUUCUGCUCAAUCAGCUCUACUUUAAGAACCUGAAUGACUUGACCCCAGAAGAAGAAGAAAGGUUGCUAAAUGAUGAUUCUUCUGACACUUUUUGGCAUAGUUUCAAAUCUUUUGCUACAAAGUUUUUGAAUAGCUCCUUGGCAUUUGGUUCUCACAUCAAUAAGGAAACUAGAUCCGUGGAUCUCGUCUCCAUCAGCUCAUUGGCAUCUAAAAUAAUGAAUAACUUAUAGUUCUAUAGUCUUUUAAUCAAUAUCUUAAUAUAAGCAUC